UAGUAUUUAAAUAACAAUACGGAUUGAACUUUUCAGCGUGAUUUUAUGAUUACAAAAAUACACUAUUGCCCAUUUUAGUAUGAAAAAAAAAACAGAAUCAAGACUCUAAUCUAGUUGCUAUCUUAUUAUAGAAACUGCCUAGUGAUUAAAGAAACAUUAGUCAAUGUGGGAAAUUAGAUUUCAUAAGCAUCUCAUCUCAUGUUCGCAUACAUAUAGUGUACGACUGUACGUAGUUGAUCUUUUUUUUUACGUAGUUGAUGAUUAUUGUCGCCACACAUAAAAAAAAAGAGUCUACUAGUGAAAUGUUUCAUCUUAUUCGGAGCUUUAAUUUUCCACUCAUGAUUCUAUAGACAUGUGAUACUUGAUUCCAAAACAUGAUUUUAUAUGAGGUGUAAUUUGCUCAAUCUAAGUAGAGGGUGAGUUUUUGGGUCACUUAUUAUUUUUUUAGAACAGUUAAAAUAUAUACUUAAUUUCCUAAAUUGAAUGGACUUUUUGGUUGCACCUGCACUAGGAGGUCUUCAUGCAAGAAACCCAAGUGCUAGUACUUAAAUUAAUUGAAACUUCACACUUGUUAAGUGAAUCUUAGCAUUGUGUAUAUCCCAUAGUAGCAAGAACCACCAUCAUAACUGCACAAGUGUGGCACUAACCACAAUAUCAAAAUGCAUGAAAAUGUGGCAAGAGAUAAUCAUAAUUCAAUAUAAUUAAUUUAUCCAACUAUUUGGAUUAGAACUAGUGUGACAUAUAUGAAUGAAUACUAGUUAUAAAGAGUAUAACUCCAUAACUAUAAAAGUUCCAUGAAAUAAAAUGGGCAGAUCAAAACCGAAAUCUCCUCCUCUUAGAUCAAGGCCGAGAGCUCGAGGUAAAGGCAUUGCGGUGGACUGUGUAUUUUUUUCAUUGAUACUUUUAAUAGUAAGAAUAUAAAUUUUAUUUUCUACUUUUCAAAUUCUAUUUUAUUUUUUUCAGAAUUUAGUUCUAAUAAACUUUCUAUUCAUUUCUCAGGUCAAUGACAUUCAAAUUCAUUAAAAAGGUGAAUCUGAAUUCAUUUUAGAUAAAAAUGCACAUGGUACUAUCAAAUUGAAACCAAAACAUAUGAGUAAUGCCAUGGUUAUCGGUUGUUUUUUCAUGAAUGUUAACUAAACAUAUGAGUAACCAUUUCUACUGUUAACUAAAUUAGUUUUGUGUUGAUUUCCAAUCUUGAUCCAUUGGUAUGUUGUGUUCCAUUGCAUACUCAUGCCUGCCGCUACAGUGUUCAUGUUACAGCAAAAAAAAUCUUUUUUUAUUUCAUUGACUUGUUGAUAGAAACAAGAUCGAGCAGAUAUUUCUCUAAAAAUAGACAAAUAGCCCCAUAUGUUACACAUCACGCAAUACUUACCAGCUUUGUGGUUAUCACAGCCCAAGCUAUUACUGCAAAUAAAGUCAGAUAUUACAUAUAGUCAUUACACACUGCACAAGAGAAAAGAGAUUAGAGGAAAGUAACAGGGGUGCUUGACAAGUUCUUGUGAGGAAAGCGUAGACUUUAGAAUAUGGUCGAUGGUGUAGGACUGGCAAGAGAAUGCGACGUAUAUCUUUGGGAAGACUUCCAAGGUAAUCGUAAACAUUCUCGGGAUAUCAAGUAUCGUGAUGGGUGUUGUGCUUUACAUAAUGAAUAACAUAAAAUAGUGUGGAAAAGCAAAGAUGAGCAGCAAAAUAUAAGAAAAAUUGAAUACAAAUGAUGCGAACAAUAAUUAAAUCUGAAUGAAACUUCACGCUUGUUAAAUGAAUUUUAGUAGAGUAUAUCCCAAAUUAGUAUGAACCAUCAUCAUAACUGCACAAUUGUGACACUAACAACCCAAUAUCAGAAUGCAUGAAAAUUUAGCAAGAGAUAAUCAUAAUUCAACAUAUUUCAUCCAGCUAUUGGAUUAGACCGAGUGUGACAUGUAUGAAUACUAGUUAUAGUGAGCCCAACUACACAACUAUAACAGGUCCAUGUAAUAAAAUUGGUAAAUCAAUAAGAAGAAUCACAGAAGAUAGCACAAGUAAGAAAAGAGCUUUAUGUUACACAGGAUGAAGAACCAGAACAUGGGAGAAAUUCAAGCUAACCCUGGCAUGAAUGCACAUGGAAGUGUGAAGUUGAUGCCUCUUGGUCUGAGGUGGAUGUUUGGAUGGGUCUGGGUUUUAUACUCUCCGAGGUGGAAAGAUAUAAUCCUCAUGGGAUAGAGGUGCAGUCCAAAAUCAAGAUCACCAUUAUAUGUUGAGGCUGAAUGUAGAUUGGGAUCCCGAUGCCGUAUUCUCAGAGUGGAGUUGGGCUGGCUGUCAACAGUUGGUGAAUAUUAACCAUAGGGACAAAGACUGGCCAUCUUUUGCAUCAGAGAUUGAUGAUAUUAAAGCCCUUUGUGUAAGCUUUCAAGAUCUUUAUAUCACUUAUAUAUCUCACUCUUUAAAUAUCUUUGCGGACACCUUAGCUAAAGAUCUCGAUCAGGAGAAUAAAGCAUCUUGUUUGUAGAAGUUAAGGUUCUUAGUUGGCUUGCUCAUGGAGCUGGCUUAAACGAACCAAUUUGAUUUUAUAAGAGAUGACAAAAAAACAUCGACUCAAGUCGACUCAAGUAAAAACUACACCGAACGAAUCAAGUCGGUAAAACCUCGUAUACAUUUAUAGUCGUGUUCAAUCUAGUAAAACUGAACCAAUUAGACCAAACCAGAAUAAAAUAGAGAAAGUGAUUUGAUUUUGGUAAUACUAUAUAAACCAUAUGAAUAUUAGUUUUUUAGAAACCAUAGAUAUCUUUAGAUUAUAAACCUAGAAAAUCGAUUAAUUAAAAUAUAAUAGUAUAAAAUAAUAUAGUUUGUAAAUUAUACAUCAUAAUUGAUAAUCUAUAUGUAUAAGUUAUUUUUUUGAUAUUUUAAAACAUUAGUGUUAAUAAUCUGUUAUUUCAUCUCAAGUUAAAAGUUAUUUUAAUUUUAUUUUUAUCGAAUUAAAUAAAAUACAAUUUUGUUCAAUUUUGUUCACUCUGAUAAUAUUUUGCUAAAUUUUAUUAUUUAAUAAUAUUAGAAUGUUAUCAAAAUUUUAAGAGGAAGUGUUAAUAUUUUUAUUAUUAUUUUUAUUUAAAAGUUAUUUAUAUUAAUAGUUAAACAAAAUAUAAAAAAAAUACUUAUUGAAAAGAUAAAGUACUAAAAAUAUCUUUGAUAUUAUGUGAAUCUGAUUUUAGGUUAGGGAAAUUGCAACCUGUGACUAAAAAAUAAAGUGUAAUUAAGAAUGAACUAAAAAACUGAAAACUCUAAUAGUAUUUCUAUAAUAUAUACUAUAUUUUCCUUACCUACCGGUUGAAAAAAGAACAAACAAGUUUUCUUUCUUCAUCAGUCACCGACAUGAAUUCUUCCAAAAUCAGAGUUGCCUUCUUUAUAUUGACCAUCACUGUUUCACCAACCACAACUUUUUCAUCAACACUUUUUCUUACGUAACCACCAUCAUCUCCUCCAUAAUCAUAUGCAUCACUCGGCCACCAUCACUGUAUUCACUACCUUACGAAAAGCCAAUUAAGAGAUCUGAAAAGAGAAAUUUGAUUGUUAGUCGCCGGAGAUCUUUAGUUGCCUUGUUAAAUGUGACGAUCUAACCGGUACAGAAAAAUACUGAGAUGAAUCAUGUGAGCAUGGUAAUAAUUAAUGAUAUGAUGAUCACCACCAUCUCUCACCACCAUCAUCAAUCACCACCUCUUCUGGCGUAACCACCACCACAUAUUUGUAUUGUAAUUUUCCGGUUGUACUAUGUACUAUGCUAUUUCGUUUAUUACUGUUCUAUUUUAAUAAUGUUUCAUAUUAUGUACUAUGUGCAUAUUUUGAUAUUUGGGUUAAGGUUAUAUUCGCUUUAAAGGUUUAGUUUACAGAGGAAGGUAUGGGUUGUGAACAAAGAAAAAAAAAAAAAGGUAUGGGUUGACGUUGGGUAAACGUUAGGAAUAUCAAAACUGUCUGUUUUGUUUAUUAGAUACAUCAGGUAACGCCGAGCUUCAGGAUGAUGAAUGGGACGAGAGCAAGGUACAUGAAUUCUACAAACGUCCAAUGCCCAAAUGGUUUUCUGAUGAGGCCUUUACCCUUGACAGUAAAAAGUAUUACGUGGUGCCAGAAUCAAAGCUGCAUGACAACGACUUGCUUCAACUUCUCAUGGAAGUCGCCUUCUACUCCAAAUCAGAUCGUUGUUUGGAUGCUUACCUACCCUUAGAGGUCAAGAAUGUUGUUGUGGAAACUUUUGAAGAUGAGCCUCGUGACAAGCUCAUGGCAAACAAUGCAAUCUUCUACCUAAGUUACAAGUGUUGCGCCGAUGCUUGUUCAACGCCUUUGGCUGGUGAUCACCUUUCCAUUGUAAGGAAAACCAUGGAUGGGAAGAAACCAGGCCACAUGAGUCUUGAAGUUGCUUUAACCAAAGAACAAGAAAAAAAGUAGACAUGUGGAUUAGUCUUUAAUCUUUAUAAUUUACUUUUGUCAUAUUAGCACGUUAUGUUUUCCAAACUUUUAUUAUCUACGUACGAUGUUGUUUAUGUUUCUUUGGACUAGAACGAGUUGAUUCAUAUUUGACCUC